UCACAGUCACAUGCUCAAGUCAAGCUCGAUCAGCUGACUGCAUUCCUUCCCCUUUUUGAUGGUUCGAUUUUUCUUCUCCAAUUGAACGAUUUCGGGGGGUGAUUAACAUUAUUUAUAUUAUUCAGACCGUUUGGAGUCAAUUGUAAACACCAACCUGAAGCUAGUGUUGUAAGAUUGCCCGUAAAAUAUCGCGGUUUGGGUGAUUGAGUGGAUCAUGAACGGACACGCCAUUCUCUACACCGGGGUCACUUUGGCCUUCUGGAGUACUAUUCUCAUCGUCGGUAUCUGCUACACAAUCUUCGAUCUUGGAUUCCGCUUUGAUGUGGCAUGGUUCUUGACAGAAACGUCGCCCUUUAUGUGGGCAAACCUUGGGAUUGGCUUGGCCAUCUCGCUCUCUGUUGUCGGAGCAGCUUGGGGCAUUUACAUCACAGGUUCCAGCAUCAUAGGAGGUGGUGUAAAAGCACCACGGAUUAAAACAAAGAAUUUGGUCAGCAUUAUCUUCUGCGAGGCCGUAGCUAUAUAUGGGAUCAUCAUGGCAAUCGUGAUAAGUAACAUGGCUGAGAGCUUUAGCGGCACUACACCAGAGACCAUUGGGGCAAGGAACUACCAAGCAGGCUACUCCAUGUUUGGUGCUGGUCUUACUGUGGGCUUCUCCAACCUCUUCUGCGGCAUCUGUGUUGGCAUCGUUGGGAGUGGAGCCGCCCUGGCUGAUGCCCAGAACGGCAGCCUCUUCGUCAAAAUCCUUAUUGUGGAAAUCUUCGGCAGUGCGAUUGGGCUAUUUGGAGUGAUUGUAGCCAUCUUGCAGACAUCGAAAGUAAAAAUGGGUGACUAGAAGAUGUAUCCGCAAGACAUAAGAUCACGAUGACAAGAUCAAUGGAAGACAAAGCUGGAGAAGCAGAUGGAUUGUGUAAAUACAUAGUAAAUUAUUGAAAUGUCUUUUUUGUCUGCGAUUGUUUUUAACCAUUUGCUGAAGAGUGACAUAUUUGCACCAUUUUGUCUUAAAGGAAUGCAACCGAAAGGUUAGAUUAAACUGCAGGUGUUUAAGACAAAAUCCUAUCCCUUUUGAAUAAAAUUAAUGUUCGUAUUACCGCAGUUGUAGGAAAAAAGUAAUUCAUCUCUAGCAAACCUCUUGGCAUUCCCUACAUACUUUUACUGUUGUACCAAAUCUAUUACAGUCAGUAGUAGUAGUAGGGACAUUUUAUUUUAUUACAUUUCUUUAAAGCCAUAUUUUGGCAAUGAGGCCCUGUCUACUUCCCCAGAGUCAGAUAAACUUUUCUGGAAUCUGUGUUCAGUUUGAAGGAAGUUAGAGUUUCAWGAGCCAUCGCAAAUCUGUGAAGAGCUGUUCUGUUCAUUACAUGGAAUUGUGAAAAAUGCCUGUUAAAAAAAAAAAAAAUAUAUAUAUAUAUAUGGUUUGAAGUAUUGAAAUGUUUGUAUGCAAAAGUCAUGGUAUAACAAAGCAAAUUAUUAUAUCUAUGACUAAUGUAAUCCAUAAUGUUUUUCACUAGUUUCAGUUACUAUAUAUUUAUCAAUGACUGGUGUAAGUAACCAGUACUAUAGUAACACUAAAUGAAUCAAAAUGUAUUGAUACAAAGGUGACCUAAAGAGAUAUUACUCUGAAAUGGUAAUUGUUGGUUGUUUUACAUUAGUCAGCUGUCAUUCAUUUAAUUUGUGUGGAUGUAUGCAUACCAUUUUGGUUGGCACUCUUCGGUUCUGAUUGGUUAAAAAUGAGAAUAGUACAUUUGUGUGUGUAUAUAAAGGGUCUGUUGUUUUGUGACCUGAGGCUGUUUACUAUUCCAUGUACCUUAGCUUGGGUUGUCAGAUUUUUUGUUGUUGUUGAUGCAAGUGGUCUUUGUCCACAUUGAAUGAGCUGUGGCUGAAUAUACAUGUAUAUGAUUUUAAGUGACCAUCUAUUUUUUUUGUUCUUUCUUUCUUAGAUAGGUCUGUAACCCCCUGUUAACUAUCUGUGGAGAGUGAGAAAUGUAGCGGUUUUCUUCAAGACCAUUUACCCUUGUACAUUAUUCUGCUUUCCUCUAUUUUUGUGUAACUUUGAGCUUGAAUACGCCAAGCUCCUUGUCUUGUGAAUGGGCUGACAUGUAUUAUUUUGGAGAGAUGGUACUCGAGCAGAACAUCGAUAAGAACUUCUUCAGACCGGUUGGCCUUUUUCUUAGUCGUGCUUUUGUUUAAAAAAAAAUGUAUUUAAUGAAUUAGCUGCAACAUCUAUGUCCACCAGUGCUACUGAUUUUACGACUUUUAGAUUGAGCCCUUAAAUGUUAAAUACAAUCAUUGUGUCUAUUGUCAUAAACUGGCAUCCAUUUUAAUAUUCAUAACAUCCAACUUGCUGUGACUGUUGGUCCCAAAUGUCACUCUAUUCCCUACACAGUGCUCUAAGUUUGACUAGAGCACUAUUAGCUAUAUAUAGUGCACUACUGUUGACCAGGACCGGUCAACAAUAGUGCACUAUAUAUAGGACAUAGGGUGCCAUUUGAGAUGCACUUAUGGAGGGCUCACACUGAGUCCCCAUCCUCUCCUUACCAACCAUUUUAUUUAAAUGAUUCAGCGGUGUUCAUUCCUUACUUUUGAACAUUCCUUAGUGACCUUUGGUGUAAUACAGGGGUGGCCAUCCUGGUCCUGGAGAGCCUCGGUACUGAAGCAUUUUACUUCAAUGGAUAACAUUUGGACUGUAAGUCCCAACUGUUGUUGGUUUCAAAGUAUGCUGCUUGAGAGAGGGCCGUGAAUGCUCAUGUCUUACUUUGAGAGACUAGGUCCUUGGUUGGCCACCUGUACUGUAGUGGUGUGUCAUUCCUCAUGUAAAUGAAGAUCUCUAGACCAUGCCUCUGGCUUUAGUGACUGUGUUUAAUAUGUUGUGGUGAAGCCAUUGUUUUGUCAUGUGUAAAAGUGGGUCCUCUUGACUUAAUUGUCCUUGAAAGAAUAAAAUACACCAAACUGACCGUUCAA